CAGUUUGCUUUGUUGUCGUGUCGUGCUACCUCACUGUUGUUGUUGAUAGUGUUGUUUGGCACCAGUUGUGCCGUUACGGUUUUAACAACGGACUGAAGUUGCCCUUCAAAUUUGUAAUUGACAUUUGGAGAAUGAGCAGCUCUGAAUCCGGAUCGUCAUCAACUCCCGACCUGCCAUUGACACCUGAUCCUGAACACCCUGUUGGCAGCUUGGACGAGGGAGACAUUCCUCGUAGGAAGCAGAGACGGUACCGAACCACCUUCACGAGUUACCAACUGGACGAACUGGAGAAAGCGUUCGGAAGGACCCAUUAUCCUGAUGUUUUUACGAGGGAAGAGCUGGCACUCAAAAUCGGUUUAACAGAAGCACGAAUACAGGUAUGGUUCCAAAAUCGUCGUGCGAAAUGGCGUAAACAGGAAAAGGUAGGGCCGCAUGCGCACCCGUACGGCGGCUACCUCGGCGGAGCACAGCCGCUGCCUACCUCCGCUGCGCUGCAUACCCCGCCGCACGCGCUGUCGCAAUUAGGCUUCGGUCUAAGAAAACCUUUUGAUAGCGCUUUGGCAUCUUUUGGGUACGCUAGCUCACCUUUAUUUGGCGCUCAAUACCUCCCUCAUCUAGCGCGCCAGCCAUUUUUCGGAGCUCCGCUAUACGCUGCCUCGCCCGCUCAUUUCCACUCUCUGUUCGCCAACAUAGCCGCAGCCGAACCUCCUAGAUUAUCCUCGGAACACUCCCGAUUUACCCACGAACCGUCCCACUCCCCUGCCGCUUCUAUAUCUCCACCUAUUUCCCCUGGUAGGGAAAACUUGCCAUCUCAAGAUGAUGCCAGAUCGUCUAGUAUAGCCGCUCUAAGAAUGGCCGCGAGAGAACAUGAGUUAAGGCUAGAAUUGUUAAGGAAAAGAGCUGAUUUAAUAUGUCAAUAAUUUAUAUAACUUACGGAUUUUGUCAA